AUGAACACUCCCAUCACGACCACGACUACUCCGUCGGCGAUGGAUGGAUGGCUCGGGUCGCGAGAUCCGAGGUCGUACAGGCGCGUGUUUGUGUACUAUGUGUUCAACUGGGUCUUCGCCGUGAGUUUGUGGAUUGGAUUUAUCGCCAGCUUUGCCCUGAGCGUCCUCACCUGCGGCCUCAUUCUCCUGUUCUGGAACAGACUGCGCAGGCGGCGCGUCGUGUACAAGCUUGUGGCGUACAUGUGGACCCACGAAAUCACCCUCAUGAACCUCGUGUCCCCAACGUCGUUGUCUCAUGUCUCCCACUGGGAUUUGACUCGCGAGUCGGUCGUUCUGUCGGUGGCAUACUUUGUCGUGUGGAAGGGAUGCGUGGGCUGGCUCCUUACAAGCCUACCUCUUGUCCUGUUCGUCCUAGAUUCCACGUACCUUAGCGCGUUGAACAUCAACAUCGACGUGCUUUCUUCCGAACUGGACGAGUAUCAGCUACAUCCGCUUGUCGCUCGCGUCGGCAUCCUCGCGUACUUUGCGCUGUGCCUGUGGGCAUGCGAUCUCGCCCUGACGGUCCUGGCGCAGAUGACUGCCAUGGCCUACGCCAAGAUAUUUGAAGCCCCCGAGCUCUUUCGCCGCGACCUUCAAUCUACCUUUCCCCAUUCACCACUGUCAUUUCCAAUUCCUCCAACACUACGGCAGCAUCCGACGGUAUCCGAUGCCCGUCGACAUCACCAUCCCUUGACUACGUAUUCUCGCGUCACGACUGGUCGAACAUGCUUGGCAGAAACAAUGUCUCCGGUGGUAACGGGGAGUCUCACGACGUCCUGCCAGGCCGCUGCCACCGUCUUGCCGGCCGGCUCAAACCUACUCAAACCGUUGCCCUCGAACAAAUUGCCUGGGCUCACAACGAUACCUCUGGCCAUCUCAUCUACUCAGAGUCCUCGAGAUGACGAUAGCCGCCUGGUUUCAGUUCCAGAGAAACUAGUCAUGUCUCAACUCCGCGUCGCCACGGCCGCCCCACCGUUGUAUGAGUGCUUGAGUCCAACCGCGCCACGACCACUUUCGUCCUACGCAGUGCUAUCCCCAUCUCCAGUAUCACCUGGCCAAAUGGAUCACGAUGCACUUAUGACUCGCACCCCAGUGAGCCGCGCCUUGCCCGAAUCGGGCUCGCACAGUGCGAUCCCUCGUGAACCCGCCCACUUUGCCAUGUACGGCCCUCCAGUCAUUCGUGGAACGCGGCCAUUUUCGUUGCAUCUCUGGGCCUUCGCCGCCACACAACGUGCUGACAUGCAUGCCAUGGCUCUUGAAUCGACCGGCCAUCGCUCGUUGUCCCGUGAGACGAUGCUUGACAACGUGCGGCAUGGCACUCUAGUCCACGCGACGCUGGAUGUGCCGUGUGGGUUUGACCUGUUGCACCCGUUCUCUGCCUCUCUGUCCAUGGUAUGGACGGGGGAGCUGCACCGCCUGACGUAUCGCCUGCAGCGACAAGUUGGCAGCGCUGACACUGGCCACGUAUUGUUCAAAGUAACAUUGGUGGUGGGCGCCGUCGUGCGUACGUUGCGGUCGUACGUGCUCGUGCAUGGCGUCACUGCACCGGACGCGGUAUCGGCCGACGAUGUCGAUGACGGCGACGUUGUGCAGCCGCUGGAAUGCGUCAUGGAGGUGCUGCCAGACUCAUUUCGUGAAAUUCCAUACAGUGCUUUGGACAUACAAGAAUGGAUCGGGUCUGGCGCGGGUGGUGAUGCCUAUCGUGCGAUGUUCAACGGCCAGGAGGUGGUCGUCAAGACAAUUCGGGCGAGCGAAUACGGGACGUCGGGCGAUGCGAUUCAAGCAGCGUUCCAGCACGAAGCUGCCGUAUUAAAUCGGUUUGGCCACCAUCCCCACAUGGUGCCGUUCGUUGGCGCCUGUAGCGACCUGUCGUACCCGUUGAGUAUUGUCACGGCCUACAUGCCCCAUGGCUCGCUCGAGUCACACUUGAUGCCUGGUGCAUCGUCGUUGCUGGACAAGAACUUGUUGCUUGCCGACAUUGCUGCGGCCGCGUGCACCAUCCACGACAGCGGGUUUGUGCACCGCGAUUUGGCGGCCAGGAACGUCCUAGUCGACGCGCAAGGCCGCGGCAUCCUGAGCGAUUUUGGAAUGUGUCGGCGGGUGGGGGCUGUUGGUGGGGCGUUUGUACAACACGGCAGCGGCCCCCUCAAGUACAUGGCUCCAGAGACUUUGCAGCCGCCGUAUGGAUUCACACCCAAGUCGGACGUGUAUGCAUUUGGCGUAUUGGUGUGGGAAACGUUGUUGGAAUCCAAGCCGUUUGCAAACUUAACGCCUCUUCAAGCUGCCGUGCGCGUCCUCGAGGGCCAGCGAUUACCCGUGGAUGACGAACUGAGUGCAGUGCACCGAGACCUCCUCGCUGCGUGCUUUCAAGACAAUCCGGCGGAUCGACCGACCAUGCAUUCGGUGUACCACACGCUCAAGGCAGCGCAAAGGCCGACGUGGACGUUCGUAGACGAUCGUGGUGGCGUCGAAGCAAGCACUGGACAGCCGCAGGCGGCGAUCACAAGGAGGCCAAAGCGAGAACUGUCGUCGUGA